AGUCAAUCAGUGACUUUUGAUUCGCGUUGACGUGUGUGCGCUUAGGCAACCACCAUCAAGUUUCCCUCUUUGUGUUUUCGUUGCGUUUUUCGUUUGGGACGUCGAUCCGUUCGUUCGUUCGCUCGUUCGUUCUGUUCGCGGUUCGCGGGAUCGCUGCGUUUUUCGCGUGUGAAUUUCCUCGCGUGCGCGGGGAGUAUCGCUCCCUUCUUUGUGGAUUUAAUUAGCGUUAUUUUGUGAUAAUUUUUUUUUUUGGGAUUUGGGUUUUGUGUUUUUUUUUAUUGCGGUUGCGUUUUCGAUUUCUAAAUCGACUGUGCGUAUUCAUUUAAGCUAUACGACAAGCUGUACGUUUUGAUCGCAAAGCUGAGUUGCCGAAAUAUUGGAAUAUCGUGAUUGUUCUAUAGCUGUGGAAAAAUGGGUCACCGCGACAGCAGAGGCGGUUAAACCAGUGGGGGAUCCACUUAUGCUCAUUCUGGAUCGGAGAACCGAGGAUUUGAUUGAAAGUGAAUUUUUCCGGAUCUUUUUCCAUCAACAUUUGCGGUGAACUCAAAGGAAGAUAAGGUGUGCAGUGCAACGAAUAAGAAAUUGCGCGCACGGUGGUUUAGAAAGUGAUUUUAGCGUACUCUAUGAAGGCUCCUGUGCGCUCUGAAGCAACAUACCAAGAAGUGCCUGUACCAGAGAUAAAAAAUAACAGUAAUAACAAACAUAGCCGCCAAAGCACGAACCACGUAUGUGUACAAAGUGAAUCGAAGAAGCAAAAGUGAUUGAAAACCGAAUCUGCAAGUCUGUAAUAGAGUAACAUACAAACAUAUUUUUUCUAACGAUAUUUUUAUUGGCCAACAUCAACAAUAAAACGAGAGGAUUGUUAUCACGAUUUAUACAUGCUGGAUUAGGAGAAAAGGAAGCAAACAGCAGCGUUAGUGAAUUGAGAGCAUGGUGUAUGAUAAAAUUGGAUUCGGCAUACUGGAGAGAAGCAGAAAAAUAACGAAUUUGAAUUGAAGAAAAACUUCAAGUGAUACGAAUAUUGAUUUGAAAACAACCCACUUUACAUAAAUACUUUGACCAGAGGCGAAAAAUCGUGACUGAUUGAGAAGAAAAUUGAAAGUGUUACAUACAGAAGCGACUACAUAGGCACACACGCUCAUACCCAUAAAAAUUCGUGCUUAGUCAAAAAGUUACUGCGAAAAGCAGAAGCGAUAGUGUGAAAAGUGAACGAGUGAUGAUCAGCUAAAACAAAAAGGAAAAUUGCCCGCCUCAAUAAUUGGCAUACGUCGUCGAGAGUGCGAGAAAAGCGAAAAAAGAUAAUCGGAUUCGGUGGAAAGUGACAAACAACUGUGCCAACAACAACGAAAAAACAAGUGCGUAACGUGUCUGUACACAGUAUACUGAACGAGUGUUCCAAAAGUGAUGUGUUGGUGACAUUCGUCCGAGAUAUUACGCAAAAAUUUGGAUUACCCCCAUAAUCGAAGGAAGGUGUUUGCUCAUCGUCGAGGAUCCGGUUUAUGAUUUGAAUCAGCAACAUCAACGGAGAUCGAUUGUCAAGAUUUGAUCAACUAUAAUGAUGGAAAUCCUACAUUAGAAGAAAUUUGAGCAGCUUUGCUGCUUACUGCCCAAAAGAUUUCUUCUCUACACUGCCGUCAACAAAAGUUACCAAAACUGGAACCUCAGUUCAGAUACAAAAGUCAACUGAACAUCCUCGCCAAUGUCUUCCUAACAAAGGCACUAUACAGCAUCCGCAGUGCCACACAGUCCGUGAAAUUUGGUUCCUACUUUCGAAGGAUUUUGCAGAAGGGCACAGCAAAAAAUGAUCAUCGCAAACCCACCGAUCGGACCAGCUCAACCACAAAAGCAACGUCUCCGAGUUGAAACUUCUGCCAAUCGAACCGGGAACCAUCGGACAAAAAGGAGAACGUUUAAUUACCAUAACUAAAGCGAAACAAAGCAACAAACUGUGAUAUUCAAAGGCUACCACACUACACCACGAAAUUUACCAAUGGGUUAGAAAGAUAAGUUCAAACACCGUCCUAUCACUGAAAGUCAAAAUCAACCAAAACGAGUGCCUUCCCUUUCGACCUUCAAUCGGAACGACCGAAAUUUGCAUGUGUUCAUAGUUUAGUAGCUUCAAACGUUCGGGAUCUCUAUUUUAUGGCAACAGUCAAACUCGCUGCGCGAAAAGUGCUAUAAUUAUUAUCCUAUAUUCGAACCAGCUGUUAUACAGCCGCUGUAUUUUUAUAGCACCUUACUCAGUACACGCACUCAACAAAAGAAGUGAUUUUAUAGCGGACUACUGGUAGGAAACUGUUCGAAAAAAAAUCCGCGUCUUUGAAACAAAAACGUCGCAAAGGGACACCGCAACCGCACCAAAGGCCAAACGCUGGCGCUAGCAAGCUUACGUGGUGGCUCGGCCAUCGUGGCGAUGCCAUUUAUCGAUGAGGACCUACUAUGGUGCCCGGACAACGAUGCGCGGAUGGUCGACCUACAAGCAUGUCUUCAGGAUGCCAACGGUCAAAAUCAACCGUCAGAUGCGAGUAGUGCCAAUGGCUGUGAUCUAAAUAACCUGGAGGAAUCCCUGUGCAAUGACUCGGACGACCUGCUGCGACAACUCACGGAAAACACCUUUGAGUUGGAACAGUUCUUCCAGGACUUUCCAGUUACUGAGAUUAAAGUCGAGGAAAACAACAACGACCUGCAGCUGGACGAGGAGACCAGCGGUCAGAUUUUCCUGCAGAGUUGUAGCCAGUUACUAACCUCGGCUGCGGCCGUUGCCGUGGCAAACUCGCACCUCAAUGUCCUCGCAGGCGACGGCACUAGUCUGAGCGAUGCCCUUCUUGCCAAUGGAGCCAACCUGUUGGCCCAGCAACACAACAACGGUGCCAAUGGCGGAAGCUCCGCCGAAAGCCACCUGCAGGAGCAGUUGUUCCUGGUGCAGGCUCAGGGGCUGUUGCAGCACCAACAGCAACAGCAGCAACAACUCGCUCAAAGUCAACAACACCAACAGCAGCACCAGAAUCGGUUACACCAGCUGGCCACCAACACUCUGCUGGCGGAGAAGUUGCUACAUAAUCAGACCACGCUGACCGCGCUGGACGGAGCGGGGAUACCGACAUCGAUCGCGGUGACGGCAGCGGUUGUACAGGGAAACGGACGCGCCGGAAAGCCGCCCGAUAUCGUCAUAAAAGAUAUCACAGCAAGCCGGCAUAUGAACUACUACGUACCGAAUUCAAUUAUCCUUUGCCAACUCUACGAUGCUUGCGGCAAUGGGCUUCUCAUAUCAAUAUGCGAAAAGGCGUGCUCGAAGAUGUGCUAACUCUGCUGAAGAUAGCGGGUUCACAAA